CUCAAGGAAGGGAUGCGCGUGUGCAUCAAGAAGAAAAAUGUUGAGGGCUACAUUCGUCAUGUUGGUACCGUCGAUUUUGCCGAGGGUGUCUGGAUUGGAGUUGAGCUUGACAAGCCCGAGGGCAAAAACGACGGCUCUGUUCAGGACAAGCGAUACUUCUCCUGCCCAGACAAGCAUGGCAUGUUUGUCCGCAAGACGCAAGUG